AUGAACACACGGCAAGCUAUACAGCCUCUGGUAAAUGCCAACGUUCUAUCUGUAUCGUACUCACCCUCGAGAAAGCGCUUCUGCACUGCCUUGAAUGAUGGCUUGAGAGUAUUCCGUACUGACAACUGCCUAACAACAACGCACCUCCCCUUCGAAUGUGGCAUCGCCGUCGCCGAAGCACUGGAUGAUCGGUACUACGCUUUUGUGUGCAGUCACAAGGGUACUAUCGGCGGGCCUGGUAUCCUCGUCUUCUGGGAUACCAUCACAGACAGCGAAGUCACACGCUUCGAUUUCCACGAACCUGUGCUCGGUCUGCGACUAUCAUCAAGAUGGUUGGCAGUCGUGCUUGAAGAGCGCACAAUUGUGUUCCAAUACCAGAAGAUCCAUCCGCAAGCUCCUCCAACACCCCCCGCCGAUGACUCGGAUUCCCAGGAUACCGACGUAGGUUUGCAAGAAGUCAUCCUCGAUGCACCGAAUGCAGUGCAUUCCCUCCACAGGACCGCUGCGAAUCCUUUCGCUGUGGCGAGCUUGGCUAACGACCUACUGGCACUACCCGCGCAGAGCGUAGGACAAGUACAGCUAAUAUCGCUCAAGUCUGGUGGCGGCAGCACGAAACGAGUCGUACGAGCACAUAACUCGUCUCUACGCUGCUUAGCGCUAUCCAGUGACGCCUCUUUACUGGCGACCGCCAGCGAACAAGGCACCCUCAUCCGUGUGUACAGCACCAAAACACUCGACCAAAUCGCAGAACACAGACGCGGCAUGGAUCACGCAAUCAUACAAUGCCUAGCAUUCAGCCCUGGAAACAAAUUCGUAGCCUCAACCAGCGACAAAGGCACACUCCACGUCUUCGACCUCCGACCUACAGAUUCCAGCGAGAUAGCCCCUGCUCCUCGAGACCAACGACAACACCGCAAAUCACAGUCCUACGCAACCCAUCGCCUCUCGGGCACAAACUUCGACUCCGACUCCCUCUCCGGCGUCUCCGCCGGCCGCUCCUCCCCAUCCCGCUCCACAGCCAUCGCAGGCGGCGCAGGCACAGCCUACCAAGGCAGCGUUCAAGAAUACUAUGGCCUCCGCCCUCCACCCCCAUCCGCCACACCACCCGCACGAGACGUCGCAGUCUCCGCCAUCGCCGCACUAAAAGCUAGUCCUUUCGCCCCCCGAGUCUUCAAAGAUCAACGUAGCGUAGCAUCCGCACCAUUCUACACUGGUGAAGAUCCACCGCAUUGGCAAGGCGGACCGGCGUAUAGCUGGACUGUGACGCCGAAUGGGGGGAAGAAGAGAGUCAAGAAUGCUGUGCUGCCGUUACCGAACGAUCCGACUGGCCGGCCGCCGAAGGGGAUCAUGGCGUUUGCGCCGGGGGAGAAAGGGGUGAGUGAUGAUGAUGGAGCGGUUAUUUAUGUGGUCGGUGGAGGGAGCGAUGCGAGGUGGGAGAUGUUCUCGCUGGUGCCUGCUGUGGGGAGUGAUGGGGUUGGGGUGGGGGGUUGGGUUUUGGUUAAUAGAGGGUUCAGGAAGUAUCUUACAAGGCAGUUUGCGGAGUGA